AGACUAAUGAGUGGGCAGACGAUAAAAACACACAGUGAGAGGAGGAGGCUGCUUCACAUGCGACGACGGAGACAUAUUAACGUUAUGUAGUUUAUUUAACGUCCGUUAACGUCAACGUUACACCGGGGCCGGAGACGGAGACGACCGUUGACGUUAAAUAUUUGAAGUUAGCUCGGGGUGGCUAAAGUUGAGCUGUGGACCCGCAGAAGUUGAAAACAUGCUCCACUCGGGGACCCCGCGUCUCUCCGCAUCCUUCCCGCAGGAGGACAGGCACCGCAAGAGUAUCUGCGUGUACGACUGCCGCUCCCCGAACCGGAGGACUGUCCCGGAGAAGUGGUUGGACACAACCGGUCUGGACUUCAACGACUUUCUGCAAGUUGUGCAAAAGGAAUUUGCCAUCAGAUCACAUGAAACGUUUGUGUUGACCACAACUGACAGGACAGUCCUGGAUUAUGACAAAUUUGAGGAGCUUCAGGAUCGCAGCACCGUGCACAUGCUGCAACAGGAGGACCAGGCUCUGUCGGUGGCAACGAAGGAGCACAUCACCUUUACGCCUCAUCAUAAUACGUUGACUGGGAGCGGCAUGUACGAGUACUACGCUAGCGAGGGCCAGAAACCAUUGUCUUACGCACUUGCUGAGCUGGUUGACAACGCGCUGUCAGCCACAGCUAAAAACCCAGGAAUGAGGACAAUAGAGAUACGCAUGCUGUUUGAUGAAACUCUUGGGAAACCUGCAGUGAUUAUUUUAGAUAAUGGGUGCGGUAUGACCUCUAAGCAGCUCAAUAACUGGGCAGUGUACAGACUCUCUAAGUUCACCAGGGCGAACAACAAAUUUGAAAGUCAGGAAGAGGGAUACGUUCGUCCUGAUCCUGUCCCUCGUAGUCUCAACAGUGAUAUAUCCUACUUUGGAGCUGGAGGAAAACAGGCUGUUUUCUACAUCGGAGACACAACCAGGAUGAUCAGCAAACCAGUCAACUCCCAGGAUGUUCAUGAACUGGUUCUGUCAAAAGAGGAAUUUGAGAGGAAAGAGAAGAACAGAGAAGAAGUUUACACCGGGACCAUCAUAAACAGGAAGCCUGGUGACUCUUCACAUGUGAAUGGAAACGAUGAGCGCUUCCUCCGUGCAAUCAUUGCUGAGGAAUGCGGGAAAGAAAGCUUCACAGCCGUGGUCAUCACAGGAAUCCUACCCGAGCACAUCACCUUUCUGAAACAGGAUUUUGAAGUGUGGACCAGAGAGCUAGCUCACAUAUAUCACUAUUACAUUCAUGGAAUCAAUGGAAACAUCUUCACAAACCCAGGCCCUCGUCCUGAAAUUGACAUUCAGAUCACUCUGCGGGAGAAGUCCCCAAGAUGUCCCCGUGCGAUCAAUCUUAGGGAAGUUGACGAUGACAUGCAGACUCUGUACAUAAACUCUGCUAAAGACACGUUUGAGUUUAAGGCCUCCACUAAAGACAGUGGCAUUGUGGAGGGAGUCAUGCGCUAUCAUCCCUUCCUCUUUGACAGAGAGACUUACCCUACAGACCCCUUGGCUGUGCAAGAUGCUGAUGAUGAUGAUGAUGAUUACGAUAAUGAGUCUGGAGAACUGCAUCAGGCCAGAGGGAAAAGGCCAAUAUUUGAAUGUUUCUGGAAUGGACGGUGCAUUCCCUACACCGCAGUGUCUGAGUUCGACUGGUGUUCUCGGGGUAAAGGAGCAAAGUUGCCCGCAGAGUGUUACCGGCGGGUUUCAGGGGUGCUUUUCACUGACGACAGAUUCCAGGUCAGCACGAACAAGCUCACCUUCAUGGACCUGGAGCUGAAACUGAAGGAGAAGGACACUAUCUUCACACGUGUUGUUAAUGGACAGUGUCCACAGGAAGAGAACAGUUCUGCAGGUCCCUCCUUCCCUGAUCAAGUGAGCGAGAGUGUAACAGAGACAAAAGAUCAGUCAAAGAGAGCAGGUCCGCUACCAGAUCCCUCCCCAAUCAAGAAACAAAGAGGUAACAUUCAAAAGGAGUUCACACAGUGGCUUCAAAGCUGUCACGAGAAGUGGGACAAGCAAAUAAAGUUCCUGGGCUACAAGUCGACCGUAACUCGAACAGAUGUGCCUACUAAGAAGAUGCAGCAACCCUGGGGGACGUUUUCCUCCAUCGAAUGGGACGGAAAAAAGUACAAAACAGGCCAACUCAUGAGGUCUCAGAAAACGCUUCCCAUUUUAUAUGGUACCGUGGUUCAGUUUUUCCUGUUUGGAAAUUAUAAAGGCGAUGUCUUUGCUACAGGAGGACAGGUUGAAGUGUCUCUGGAACCCAGAGCACUUCAUGGCAAGACAAAGAUCAUACCAAUUUCCAAGAUUGACAAGACUGCUACUGAUGAAGCCAUCAAGAAAAACAUUGAGAUUGCCUCUGCCAAACUUCCGGAGAAACUGAAAGUGCACUGGCCAGAUAGCAACCCUUGGCCACAGAACGCCGUUCGUCCGGCUGGGACUCUGUUGGGACCAGUUAAAGUCGAAAUUCUAAACAGGAACGGAGAUUCGUUAUCCAGGAUGCCAUCAGUGGGCCAGGGACAAGGGAAAAAACUGGUGGUUCAACUCAAAAUCGUCCAACACGGGGCUAAAGCAGACAAGGAGGUUGUCUCUUUUACUGCCGAACAUUUAGUGAAGUAUUCUGGAUUCUGGUUCAAAAAAAUUGAGAUUCUGCGUGACCUGGGGGAGUAUACGCUGUCUCUGCACACUAUGAUAUCUGAAAGUAGUUCUACCGUCUUUGGAGGCACCGAGCUUCCAAGUUACAAACUCAAUUUCACCAUCAAAGAGGGAAGUGCUGUGAGUUUCGUUAUCGGUUCAGUGAGCCCCAGCCUCAGUGUAGGAGUGCCAUUUGACAUCCCUCUGCUGAUUAAAGAUGGUUAUGGCCACCCAGCGAUGCCUCCUCCUAAUCUCACACCUUUACUCCAGUGCAGUGGCCUGGAGCUGAGUUACGAGAAAGUGGACAGCAGUGGGACCACGUUCACCAUCAAAAGUGUCAAAGCAAGAGGAAAAAUCCUGACUCACCAAAAAUCAAAGCCAUACGACUUGAAAGUGACCCUGCCUGGCAUGAAAGGAGAUACACAGAGUCACAGCAUUGUUGUUCUUCCUGGUAAUCCGCACUCCCUCCAUGUGACCCCAGAAGACAACCCGAUGACGGUAGAGAACGGAAACCCUGUCAGAUUUAAUGUUGAAAUUCACGAUGAGGCUGGAAACAUCACCGCUCACACCAAACAGAUAGUUCGCUGUGAGGUUGAGGGGCUUCCACUGGUGUCAACUGACUGCAGUAGCACAGGAGCUGGACAGCUUGUGACGAAGCCCAUAAAACUGAAAAUAAUCAAACAAGAGCCACAGACGCUCAGAGUUAAAUUUGAGAUGCCUAGUAAGAAGAAUGUUGCGUCGGUUGUGAGGGAGCUGAAGGUGGUCCCCAGCACAAGGGUCUUCUCCAUUGAGCUCUGCAGUCAGGACGAUGAGAAUCUGGUGCUGCGGAACGAGGAAAAGAUUGAAUGGCUUGCUGGAGGCUUGAUGGAGAACCUGUUCUAUAGGCUGUACGAUGAGGCUGGUAGAGAGGUACCUCUCACCACUGAAAUUGCCUCCAAGAUCAAGGUUAACUGGACAGGAGAUGUAAAUCUGGAAGAUUUGAUCCAGGGGAAGCUGCCUGAUGUACAGGUGCCCACGCAGGUGCACGAAGUGCGCUUCUACCAGGUGUCCUACCAAGACCAGAGUGUGUCCGUGUCCUUUAACAUAGUACCUCGUCCGGAUGAACCAACACGGCUGAAAGCGACUCUGCUCCAAAGCAAAGUGAUGCUGGGUGAAACCCUACCGGAAGUCACCCUGGAGCUUGUGGACCAGUAUGACAAUGUAACCAAGACCCUUACUCCUGCCUGUGUGAACCAUAUGAGUGUGGACGCUGAUGGUCUGGUCAAGUCAGCCGUCUUUACAUGGCAGAAAAGCAGCGAUUCUGUUCUUGUAACGGGGGUUCAGUUCCAGUCCGGGACUCCUGGCUCCAGAGAGAUCUGCUUCACUUACAGGAGCUAUGUGGAGCGAGUCAAAGUUGACGUGAACGCUGGAGUCCCUGCACAGCUUAAACUAGUCAGUGAGCCAGAGAAGCCUUUGCGGGUGUUGAAUGACCACGGCAUCCCCACACCGUUCCUCGUCCAACUGUGUGACAAGUGGGGAAACCCCUCUCCAGACCAGAGGGUUGUGGUAGAACUGAAGUCUUCACCCCCGACACUGAAGGUGACGACAGCUGCAAUUUCAAAACCUGUGAACGCAGAAGGGAAAGCCUCUUUCACUGUCACUAGUGUGAGCGGACCAAAGGGGUACUAUCAGCUGGAGUUUAAGGGGUCCUUGAACAUGAAACCCAUCCCUGGUCCAUCAGUGAUUCUCACUGUCAUCCCUGAUCCCAACAAACCUGUCAGCCUGUCAGUGGUGUAUGACACCAGUGCCAGGUUUCCUGCCGGAGACAAAUUCCCAGCGUUCUCUGUAACCGUGGUGUCCGAUGAAGGAAGCCCUAUAACAACUUUCAACCCUGCUGCGGUGACCAUGUUUCUGUGGAAGGGAGGACCAGUGGUAGAAAGUCCUCCACAAACAGCUACUGAGCUGAAGUGUAGUAAACCCAUGGAGAAUGAGAACAAUCACUGUUUUCACUUCAGAGAUAAAGAGAUCCCAGAAGAUGCUGGAAAGCACAUCAUCCAGUUUUCUCUUCGUGUAAACAAAACAAAAGUCCUGUUCAGUGAUCAGAUUACUAUAAAUGUGGAGCCCAAUCAACCUGUCAAACUGAGACCCGACUCUCAGCCGCCAGCCCCAGUUGUUUCCUACAGUAAGGAUAUUGCCCGCCGAACCUUGGUGGAGAAUAUGACUCUGAGGAUAAUGGAUUUACAUGGAAACCCAACGGGGCAGGACCUGAAUGGGAAGGUGAAGGUUUCUAUAACAACUUCUAGUGGAGACAACAACAACAACAACAACAAACUCCCUCUGUUUGAAGGCAGUGUCAACAGCUUUCAGUUUAGCUUGGUAGAAGGAAAAGCCCACAUCAGUAGACUGGCUGUCAUGGAGAACAGCCCUGGUGAAGAUGGCACUUUAUACAUCCUCCUCUUCAAACCUGAAGUGUCGUCGGCUUCCACAUCCCUGGAUCCUUUUGAGCUCAUCUUCUAUUUUUGCAAUGAUGGGGAGAACCAACAGAAAAUGUCCCAGCUAAACAAGAAGAAAUCUGAGCUCAGUGCUGCUGUUGCUGCAUAUAAAAACACCUUUGAUAGCUCUCGACAACUUUUUAAAAUGCUGAACGAUUAUUACCAUGAUGCAUGUAAAAAAGAGGCUGACCAGAGAAAUGCGCUGGGACUAACAAAACCUGCAUCUAUCCCAGAUAUUAACAGAAUGCUAGAAGAGAAGUCAGCCGAAGCCAACAGAAUCCUGAACAUGCCCAGAAGAGUCUGCUCCAUCCCUGAUCACUUCAAGGGGCAGCAGGAUGUUUUAGGAAUGGUUGGCCACCUGGCGUUUGUGCAGGACAGUGAUGCUGCGAGGGUUAUCUCCUGGCACAUCAGGGGUGACAUGGAUUGUGUCAUCACCAAAACGACAGCAGCAGCACGGAGGAUUUAUGACUACACCCAAGGCAGGCAGCAGGUCAUGGCCCUUGACAGUGUGUAUGUGCCACCAGGCGACAGGCCGCUGCCACACAUAAGAAAUGGCCACAUGCUCUUUGAUCCCCCUGGGAACCCAAUCUACGCCAGAACACUCCUGAUUUACCCCCAGGACCAGGAGUACUGUAACACCGUGUUUAAAAACCUCCUUGGAGAUACUAUCCUGAUAGACGACCUGGACUCUGCUAACAACUACAGGAAGGCGGUCGUGCAGAAUAAGACCCAGUGUCCCACCAUCCUGACCAGGCAGGGGGACAGGAUCAGUUCCAGAGGGAAGUUUGGAGGCGCACAGAACAAAGCCCCGCCGAUUAACACACUGCAAGUGUUUGGAGCCCCCUGCCCACAGGAAUACUACACUCUUAAGGGACAAAUAGACCAGCUCAGUCACUACCGCUUAACUUUGCAGAAGAAGGAGAGGUCAGCGAAGGACCGUGAAGAACACUUACAGAACAUGUCGUCGCCUGAAACCAAAAAAAACCAACAAGAAAUGCAGGCGAAACAAAGACAGCUGGAGGAGAUCGAAAGGCUACAUGUGUCUACUCCAGUAAGACCAACAAAACGGGGUCCCGGGAAUGCUGGCGAGCCAUCCGGCAUCAUUCCAAAGAGAGGAAGACAGAGUUUCACAUAAGAAGAGGACGACUCUGACCUGAGAGUUUGAUCAUGAGUCUCUUUGAUUGUUUUAGUUUUUUAAGUUGUUGUUGUUAUUAAUUUUAAUUGUACAGAUUUGUUUUCUUAUGUUUUAAUAUUUCAUUUUUGUUAUAAUCACAAUUUAUGACAAGCAUGAUAUACCUCAAAGAAUGUAUGUUAAAAAGAAAUACAUAUUUACCAAGA